UCACUACCACGUGUCCUGUCCUAUUUAGCUGUGGUAUAGCUUUAAUUUUACGCGAAAUGAAAAUCCACGAAUAAUUCUUCCAGGAAGGUAGGAGAAGAAAGGAAAGACUUUCGGGAAAUGGUCCCUCCCUCUUUUUUUGUUUGAGAGCCAACUCUACAAUUAUGUCUGAGAGCCUGUAUUAAGGAAAUACCAACUAACCCCAGUCAUAGGGUCUAUGACUGGGGUUAGUUGGUGUGACAUAGACCCCAAUUCACGUUUUAUUGGACCACUAAAUCCCUAACUCCCGUAGAUCGCUGUGUGCGAACUGUCAAAUGCCCAUGACGUGUCAUUAGGAGAGAGAAAAACACCAUGUGUAGAAUGGCCAAAAUAAUUUAGUUUGUGUUACGCGUAAACUUUCUGUGUCGGCAUUGUUGCUUCCAUCGAACGGACUGUAGUAGUUUGUAACCCUUUCUUCUUCAAAACAAUCUAAUGUGUAAAAUGUGGGACGGAUUUCCGGAGCUAGCUGCUCGCUGUUGGAGAGAGACGUGACACACAGCUCGGCUCUACAGGGAAACUGGCUCAACUGAAUGCGGCGCUGGAGAGGCCGGUACGUUUUCAAGUACUUAACCAGAGGACGGUUCAGCAACCGAGAAUCAAUUUUGAUUUUCAAGCUAAUAAAAAAAAAACUCUGGCACGGAGUAAACUAAAACCAGUUAAGGACUAAGGCAAGAGUGUGGAUGAACAGCAAUGACCCAAGUCACUUAAAACCCUUUAAGGUUUAAGGUUACAAAUAUGUGAUUAGAAUGCUGAAGUAAAAAUAACUACUGGUAACUGAGAGCUCUUGAGUUCUAGAACACUGACUUAAAAUUUUGGAGGGAAAAAAACCCUACUCUUCAAAGGGUUAACGUGCUUUCACAAUUUCACCUUCACACAGUUCGCUAUAACAUUUUUAGCGCAAUAUAUUUAAGCAAUGUUAUACUGGCAUCCUUGAUUCAUUGCUAUUGCUGUGUACAUGUAGUUGCUGACUGCAGAUUUCAGAGAAAGUGAAGGUAACCUUGUGAACACAAUGUCGUGAUAUGAAGUAUAUGGAUUGGAUUUUGAGCGUUGCGCUUCAUGGAUGAGUUUCGUUUUUGGGUGUCUGUUGCUUGAGUUUCCACACGGGGGCAGCAUAUAUUCAGAUGCCCCAGACGGUCUCCAGAAGACAAAGCGUAAUGUCAGAUGCCACCAUGGGUAAUGCGUAAUAGCGAGCUUCCGGACGCGUACAGUUAUUCAUUGGAGGAACGGGAUGUGUGUGAGGACGGUGAAAAGUGCUUUUCUCCGUAAAAUGCUCGUUUUGGUGGUGUGUACGACAGGAAGGCAGUCUCGUGUGCCCGUCAUUAACACUGCUCUCUGUGUCACAGCUGAAGAAGCUUUUGCCUGUGAUGUCCGAAACUCUGUCGAAAGCUCUUCUGAUUUUCACUCUGAGCUCAAUGUUCGUCGCCGCAGGCACUGACAGUGCAGCGGCGGUGCGGCUGGUGGGGGGGCCUGGCCCCUGCUCCGGCCGGGUGGAGGUGCUCCACCUGGGCCAGUGGGGGACGGUGUGUGAUGACACCUGGGACCUGGAGCACGCCCAGGUGGUGUGCCACGAGCUGGGCUGUGGCCGGGCAGUGGCGGCCCUGAAUUGGGCGCACUACGGCAAGGGAGACGGCGCCAUCUGGAUGCUGGAGGCCCAGUGUCGGAAGAGCAACAAGUCCCUGGCGGACUGUAUAUACACACCCCCGCCCCCCGGGCACAUCAUCUGCAGACACGAGGAGGAUGCUGGCGUGGACUGUGUCCAAGGCUCCACUGAGGGGGGCAGUGUUGUCCCACGCUGGCUGGUGGCUUUGCUGGUGAUGCUGGUGCUGGUAAUGGCGGUGUUGGGAACAUCCUGCUUGUUUUACAGACGCUACAAAAUCCACCAACUCCAGAGCGGCCGAAGAGAGUGUGAAGCCAACGUCUACGUCGAUAUGACGGUGCAGUAGGUGGAGGAAUGCCACAUACGGGGUGGCAGGGGAGAGCCGGCCCACUGCACCCCCCACCGCCCCUUCCCCAAAUCUGCAGAACUGGAGUCCACUCUGAGACCCCCCCCCCCCCAAGCCAUGAGACGUAACUAGUAUGGGACAGACAGGCAGGCAGGCAGACGGACAGGCAGACAGGCAGGCAGACGGACAGGCAGGCACAAACCACGUCCGCUUUCGAAAUGUACUGUGGAGUUAGUUAGGCACUGCCAGUCAUACACCUUGCCUUGGAUUAGCUCCUGUAAUUCCACUUCUGUUCUGAUCUAAAAGUAAAAGUCCCCUUUACUCCUGAAGUCUUCUGAAUGUGAAAGCUGCCAAGCAGCAUUAGGCCUUGCUGUGUGACGCCGGCGUACGUCACACACUGGAACUGCGUUAUGGCACCACGUCUACGAAUGUCGUGUUAAUACAUCGAGCUGGGCUGCGGCCGGGCGGCGUCAGCCCUGUAGAGGGCGCUCGUCGGCCAGGGAGACGGCGCCCUCUGGUUUCGGGGGGGGCGGAGUGUCGGAAGAAUGACGAGUCCCUGGCAGACAGUAUAUACACACCCCCUCCGGGCACAUCGGCUGCAAACCAGGGGCGUAGGACCCAUCAUAUCUGAGGGGGACGUGUCCCCCCCCCCCACUUUUCAAAAAUGCUUAUUUUGUCCCCCUUGAUUUUGGUGGUUGUUUUCAAAUGUCACCUUUCAUUGUGCGCUAACAGACGUGAUGUGGUUGCUAGCAAGGUUCAGUUGUUUACGUGUGUAGGAAAGGCCACGAUAGGGACAAGACACUGUCAGUAUUCUAAGUCCCGCCCUGGAGAGUUUAUGCCGCAAAGAAUGUUGGGCAACCCCUUCAGUGCCCACAAGACGAGAAGAAGGUGGCAAUCAGUAUCCACUAGGCUAACAUAGCUAGCUAGCUCCUCCACUCAAAGGGCCUUCCUGACAUAAGCACCUAUAAGAUUUUAUUAUGUUGUUUUGAUGGAGUGAUACUACUAAUUAUAGUUUAGGAGCCAUAUGAUGCUGGCUCUUGUGCUAUCUAAUGCUACUUUAUAGCUACCUGUACAUAUAUUACUGAUUUCUCAGUGAAUGCGAAGGUUUUGUUACUUACUGGUCCAUAUUACAGUUGAAUCAAUAUGUGUAUGCUGUAUCAUUUACGUUGUCACUUGGAGCUGCUAUUUGGCACAUUUUAAUUCCUCCAUCUUCUUUAUUCUCAUCUCCUUGUGUUUUCAGUCAUUGCAUGACUUGACUUAAAAUAAUGCAGCAAGUGAAAAGGAAGGGCCCAGACAUUAGGCAAGUUGCAGGAGCUAUCAGCAUCAUUCAGUUUAUGAUAAAAUAAUUCUAGCUCAUAGGGGAAUUGUUUUUGUUAUUGACUUAUCAAUGAUAGCAUUGUUAAGGCAAUUAUUACAUGUUUAGUGUUGUUUGUUGACUUUGUAAUAAAAUCACUGCAUGAAA